ACCACAGACAGACCGUUUGGAAAGACAAGGACACCAAAUGCCACUGUACAACAUGUGACUGUAAAAAGCGGACAAAUCUCUAGACCUCUAUCACCAAGACUGGUAAAGGCAGAAACUGAAGACACCACCACCUUCAAACAAUUUUCACCAGAAUGUAGAAAUGAGGAUGUCGCUUCAUUUAUAGCUCAGAAUAUCGAUGACAAGACUCUCACACCAAAAGAUCAAAGCGGUUUUGAUUUUGAAAGUUGUAAAUUUGAAACUUCCACUCCUGAACUAAAUCAAAAUGGUAUUGUUCAUGAGCGAGUAUCCAUGGAUUGUGAUGUUUCUGAUGUUGCAAAGAACAUUUCAAAACAUUUGGUAGAGUUUUGUCAAGUUGAGAUUCCUAACAACAGUCAGCCUAAAGAAAUAAUACUUUUGGUCACAGAUUUGGACGCUCCUGGUGCAGCAUCUCCCUUAUCAAGGAAUGGACACCACGUUACGCGAAAAGGAGAAAAUCAUGGCGACAACAAAAGAUUUGAAGUCUUAAAGCUUUCUUCUGGUGCAACAUCACAAAUUGAAGUUACGGUGUAUCGGAAUCCUGGUCUUGGAUUCACUAUCGGUGGUGGAGCCAACAGUGGAUCUCACGAGGGUAUAUACGUGGUCUCUGUCAAUCCAGAUGGACCUUCAUCUCAUUUAUUACGUGCAGGAGACCGUAUUUUAGAGGUGAAUGAGAUCAACUUGCGAUGCGUCUCCCAUGAACACGCUGUUCUCUUUUUGACCCACAAUCAACAGUUAGAUCUUUUAAUUGAGAGGGUUGUACAGUGAUUUAAAUAAACUAUUAAAGUAUUAAUGGCUAAAUAAUAAGUUUGUAAAUAACAUGUAAACUAGCUACUAACUAACCAUUUCAAGAAAUAAUACUUCUGUCUUUGUACUAUUGGCGAGGUAUUUGAUGAAGGGUCCUUCUAAAAAAUUUUAGGGCGUAAAAGUCGUACAAACUGCAUCAUACAUGUUGAAUAAAUUCUAUUUUUGUUGUAUUU